AAAUAGGACUACUAGCCCAUUUGCCACUCAGUUUGCUUGCGAAUCUUGAAUAUCAUUGAUCAUAUACUUUAUAUCUAUUUACACAUUCAUAACCGAAGUAACGCGUAACAUUUUUUAACGUAACUACAUCUAAUUUAUUGACGAAAACAUGCAUUUUAUAUUCAUUCAGUUACUUCUGGUAUUAACGGCCUCAGCUGUACCGCUCAUCGACGUUGGACAACUUUAUGACCAAAAGCUGCCAAUUCCUGACAAUGAUAUUCACAAUUCUAAUGGUGGAGUUGACAUAGGCGAACUUAACGAGUAUAGAAAGUCUGAUCCGAUUAAUUAUCCAACAAGAUCCAAACGAGGUGUUGAAGAUUUUUCUGAUGUUAACAAACUUGGAAGUAAAGAAAAAGGACUCGAUAUUGACAAACUUCCCCAAUACAACAGUAUUGACAGCACUAAUUAUCCACCAAGAUCCAAAAGAAGUGAUGAACAACUUUCUGAUGUCAGCGAACGUGAAUAUAAAGACUACAACAGUAACAUCGGUCAACUUUCCGAUCAAAACUCGCAAACUAUAACUGAUGACGUAGACAUACUUCCACAAUCAAAACUCUUUAUUGGCGAACUUUUGAAAUAUAACAGUAUUAAUACCACUAAUUAUCCACGAAGAUCCAAAAGAAGUAAAAAACAACUUUCUGAUGUCAGUGAACUUGAAAGUAAAGACGGCGCCAAUGAUAUCGAUCAACUUGAUGAUCAAAACUUACAAACUACAACUGAUGACGUAAGCAAUUUAUACAAUGAUGGACUCGAUAUUGAGAUAUUUGACCAGGACAACAGCAGUGAUACCACUAAUUAUCCACCAAGAUCCAAAAGAAGUAAUGAACAGCUUUCUAAUGUCAGUAAACUUGAAAGUAAAGACGGCAGCAAUGAUUCCGAUCAAAACUCACAAACUACAAGUGAUGUCGUAAGCAAUUUAUACGAUGAUGGAUUCGAAUUUUACGCGUUUAUCCUGUUCAGCAGUACUGAUACCACUGAUUAUCCACCAAGAUCCAAAAGAAGUAAUGAACAACUUUCUGACGUCUAUGGACUUGGAAUAAACAAUAGUGGGAUUGAUAAUGACGCUGCCGCUUUUAGUAUCCAACCCUUAACUAAAGAUGAUAUACCAGUGAUCGAAAUUGGAAGUCUUUAUAAUCACGAAGGAAAAAUUCCACGCAAUGAAUUGCCUGGCUCACCAAAUAAUCCAGGACCAGUAGACUUGGAAGAUCUUCAUCAAUACAAAGGAAAUUAUCCAGUUUAUCCAAGACACUAGCUUUUGAUUCUUAGCCCGUUUUUAAUAUAUAUUUAUUUAUUCAUAAUAAUCAAGACAAUCGAAUAAUUAAUCGAUGUUAAGCAGUGUAAAUGAAAAUAAUUUUCUAUUAUAUAUUGUUUUAAACUGUGGAGUAACAACAUGAUUUAAUUAUUUGUAAUUUUUCAUUAGGCCAGUACUGUUUCAAUAAAUUAUUUAUUUUAAUAUUUUUAAAAUACAA